UCUAAGACAAGGAACCAGUAUAGAUUAUAGAUACUCUUCCUAUAUAUUAUUGCUUUUGGUGACCUCACUAACCUGAAACGUAAAACGAAAAGCAGGGUCUCUAAUUAUUUAUAGAUUCUCCUUGGUGCUAAUGAUAAAGAAUUUGUGUUGGGUUAUUCCAUUCUGCUUUCUAUUCUCUCCUCAUUACUUCUAAAUACUUCAUUAUUUUUCCUCGUUUUCUGAGCUUUCUUAAGUCUGCUUUCUUCUGUAGUCCUGCGUUAUUACAGAAGCCAUUACGAUGAAUGAAGAGGUUUUGAGCCUUAGCUUAGCCACUGUCGGUCACUCUGACCAUGUAGAGAGAAAACUGAAGAGGAGGAGGAUCGAUGAUUCUCAUUCUCUGACAAAUUCAGUUGAAGAAUGGGAAGAAAAGAUUUUCAGGCUGCUCGAAGAGAGACAGAGAAUGUUGAACAUUGAGCAAAGAGGAAAAAAUGUUCAAGAAGGUUCAGGUCUUCAUCUGAUUCAUUUAUUGCUCGUAGCAGCCACAUUAAUCAAAGAAAAUAAUGUCAGCUCUGCUGCUGAUAAUGUGAUGGAGCUCUAUCGAUAUGUUUCAGUAACUGGUGAUUCAGGGAAAAGGGUUGCUGCUUAUUUUGCUGAUGGGUUGGUUGCAAGGCUUUUAACCCAGAAAUCUGCAUUCUAUAACAUGGUAAUGAGCAAACCAAUACCUGCAGAAGAGUUCAUGGCUUUUACUCAUAUGUACAGAGUUUCUCCUUUUUAUCAGUUUGCUCAUUUUACUGCCAAUCAGGCCAUACUAGAAGCAUUCGAGGGGGAGGAAGAAAAUAAUAACUGGGCAUUACAUGUGAUUGAUUUUGACAUCUCACAUGGUUUUCAAUGGCCUUCUCUUAUGCAGUCUCUCUCUGAGAUGGCUACUGCUUCUAACCGGUUAGUAUCACUUCGGAUUACAGGUCUAGCAAAAAGCUUGGAAGAGCUGAUUGACACCGAGAAUAGAUUGAUAAGCUUCUCUAAGGGGUUUCAGAAUAUAGCUUUUGAAUUUCAUGGGUUGCUAAGAGGAUCAAAGCUCGUCAACCUUGAAAGGAGAGAGAAAGAAACAAUAGCAGUAAAUAUGGUCUUCCACCUCAGUAGUUUGAGUGAUAUCUUAAAGAUUUCAGAAACCAUGACAGCCGUACACUCUCUAAACCCUUCAAUAGUAGUUUUAGUAGAAAGAGAAGGAAGUCAAAACAGUUGUGGUAUCCUCCCAAAUUAUGUCGAUUCUUUGCAUUAUUAUGCUGCAAUGUUCGAUUCCUUGGAUGAUUGCCUGCCUCUAGAGAGUGCCGAGAGACUGAACAUAGAGAAGAACCAUCUUGGGAGAGAGAUCAAAGAUCUGAUAGCUUCCGAGGAAGAAGUGAAGUGUUCAAGGUUUGAGAUAUUGGAGACAUGGAAAGGAAGGAUGAUAAGUCAUGGGUUUUCAGGAAUUGAACUGAGCUCGAAAGCAACAAUUCAGGCAAAGCUGCUGCUGAAAAUGGGGUGCCAUUAUCAUCCUCAUUUCGAAGGGAACUCUGGUGGUGGCGGGUUCAGAAUUUACGAAAGGGAUUAUGGGAGGGGUAUAUCUCUAGGCUGGCAAGAUAGGUUCCUUAUAACCGCCUCUGCCUGGCGUUGUAUAUGAUUCAUAAUUUUCUUGUAGAGUUAAUUCAUCAUACAGUUAUUUGUGAACAAUGUCUCUUGAAACGGGUUUGAACGCAAUG